AUGGAAAAACAUUCGCUUUUGGCGCUUGCCUUCAUCUGCACUGUACUUGCCCGCGUUGGAGGCCAAGCUCCAUCCACCUCCCCAACCACCUCUCCUGCGCCUCCCACGCCUCCCACGCCCACCACUCCCCAGGCCUCUCCGCCUCCACUUCAAUCUUCACCACCUCCCGCUCAGUCCUCUCCGCCGCCUCUUCAGUCUUCACCUCCUCCUGCUCAGUCUCCACCACCCGCCGCCACACCCCCACCCGUCAGCUCUCCUCCCCCGGCCUCUCCACCUCCUGCCUCCCCUCCUCCUGCCUCUCCUCCACCUGCAUCCCCUCCCCCGGCCUCUCCACCCCCAGCCUCUCCCCCUCCCUUUUCACCACCACCUGCCACUCCCCCUCCAGCCACCCCUCCACCGGCGACUCCUCCCCCUGCAGUUCCUCCUCCUGCAUUGACCCCGGCACCUCUCUCCUCUCCACCAACCACGUCUCCAGCUCCGGCUCCUGCCAAGCUCCUUUCCCCUUCACUCUCUCCCUCCUUAGCUCCCGGUCCCAGCCUCUCCACCAUCUCUCCCUCUGGUGAUGAUAGUGGGGCUGAAAAGUUGUGGUCUUUUGGGAAGAUGAUUGGGAGCACAGUAUUGGGAUGUGCUUUGCUGUCCAUGAUGUUCUAG